AUGUCGACGCCGAUUAUAAAGGGAACCUCCAUCUCUGGUGACGGUGGCGUUGAGAGUGAUUGCGUACCCCCGCCGCCAGGCCAUAUUGACCUCUCGCAAAUCGAGUACCACCCAUGGCCUGCGUGCUUUGUUGCCGCGGUAUCUAAACUUUUGGACAAUGCUGGAAUACCAAAUGUGCUCUGGGGCGAUCUCCUUCACUGGUGGCGUGGCUGCCGUCACAUCCCUCAGACGCGGGUCUACCGUCGUGCCCCUGCGAGUCCUCUUUCCACAUUUCUGAUCCCAAAAAAGGCUAUUGGCUCCCAGUACACUUUCGAGUGA